CAAAAGCAAAAAAGCAUAACCCUUCCCCCACCACUGCAAACUUUAUUUCCCCAUAACCUUUUAAAUUCCUACUUUUUGAUUCUCAGCCACUCCCCUUUCUUCCUCCCCCCAUGUUCUUCCUCUGAACCAGCCACCACCAGCCACCAGCAGAAGAUCAAGCAGCUAGCUUCCCAGUUUCCCACAGUCAAUAAUCAUUCUUGUGUUUCCAUAUCUAGCUAGAGCUUAAUUAGACCGCAAUUCAGCCUCCAUGGAUACAGCCCAGUGGCCGCAGGAGAUAGUGGUGAAGCCAUUAGAAGACAUAGUAACUACUACUCCUCAAAGGCCUGGAGGAGGGUUAACACCAACUUCAUCAGGAGGAGGUGGUGGUGGGAGCUUGGAGAGGAAAGCAAGGCCGCAAAAGGAGCAAGCUUUGAACUGCCCAAGGUGCAACUCCACCAACACCAAGUUCUGCUACUACAACAACUACAGCCUCACGCAGCCAAGGUACUUCUGCAAGACCUGCAGAAGGUAUUGGACUGAAGGCGGCUCGUUGAGGAACAUCCCCGUGGGAGGCGGCUCGAGGAAGAACAAGAGACCUUCUUCCUCCUCUUCACUUUCCUCACCUCCUGCUGCCACCGCCACGAAGAAACUCCCUGGUUUGAUCUCCUCCCCUGCUGCCGCUGGUAUUGCAACUACUAGUACUACUACAACAACAAGUAGUUCGCAAAACCCUAAUCUUGGUAAUCAUAAGUUGAUUCAGGAAGGCCAGGAUCUGAACUUGGCCUUCCCGAGGAGCUUCACGGAGUUGAUUCAUCAGAAUGGGAACCAUCAUCAUUAUCAUCAGAAUGAUGAGAACAAGAGUCAGAUUUCAGCCAUGGAGCUGCUGACAGGAAUCUCAUCGUCUAGGGGUGGAAUAUUGAAUAAUCCUAGCUUCAUGCACAUGCCACCACCACCACCACAGCCAUCAUCACUUGUUCAUCAUCAUCAUCAAGCUGCAGCUAAUCAUGGUGGGGGUUAUAAUGCAUCUGGGUUGAGUUUCCCGGUGCUGCAACAACAUCAGGAUCAUUUCAAGCCUAGCGGGUUGAGUUUCUCACUGGAUGGGAUUGAGCUUGGGAUCAGCAGUGAUCAUCAUAAUGAGAGUGGUAAUGGGUAUCAUCAUCAUAAUGAUCAUGAAGGUGGUGGUGGAGGGAGGCCCAUGUUUUCGUUUGAGGAUCUGAAGCAAGUGCCGAGCAGCAACACUAAUGAUAGUAAUGGGGAGAUGGUGAGUAAUGGUAAAGAUCAGCAAGCAGAUUCAAGUGGGUACUGGACUGGGAUGUUGGGGGGUGGAUCAUGGUAACUUUUACUUUAUCAAAGUUGAGAUUUACAGUCCUUUUGCUUACCCUUUUAGUUUUUCUUUCUCUUUUCUUUUGGGAUGAGAGAGAAGGAAGUAGAGAGAGAAGGGGGAAGAGAGAUUCUCCACUUUCUGUGUAUUGAAAUUUCUUGCUUUGAGUUGGGUGGGUGGUGGUGGUGAUGAUGACGACUUUGGUUGGGAAUUCCUUCAUUAGUAUUAUUAUUAUUACUAACAGAAAAUAGGAGGAGAUGGGGAUAUAUAUAUUAUAUACAAUUGGGGUUUUUUUUAUUUUUUUCUGCUUUUUCUUUUUUGGGUUGAUUUAUUAUCAUGUGAUGAUGAUAUGGAUCAGUUUGAGUUUGGAUUGGCCCUUGAUCAUUAAUCCCAAGUUUGAGGCUUUUUGGUAAUUUACAUAUGGGGAGUCUCUCUUUACUUCCUAUUGCUAAUGGUCUUGUUGAUGAUGAAGCUUUGAAUUUUCAAGGAAUUAGCUUCAUUUUAAAGUAUCAUCAAAGAAGAAGAAGAGCUCAUGAGGUAGCCGUGGAAAAGAAGCUAGAGAGAUCAUCAAUAUUGGAGGGAAAGUAAAACAAAGUAUGAGAAAAAGGGCAAGAAAAAGAAGAAAAUAAAGCUCUAGCUUUCAUAUUGGAGAGUUAUUUGGUAGUGAAAAAGAAGAACAGGGUUGCUGGGUUGAAAGAAAGAUCUGACAGACGCUUUACUUGGGGACCCGCGGAAAAACAUUCUCCUCGGGGAGUGUGUCUGUGACUGUGAGCCGUGAGGAGAAGAAGGAAGAGAAUCAUUCAUUCAAACCCGACCCACGCCCACUUUCCCCCACUACUGCUCCGUUCCGUUGUAACGUUCCCUUCCUACUUCCACUACGUUUGUGAAAGAUAUGGUCGCCACAGACAAUCGAUCUACAGAAUACAUAUUGGUGUUGGUACUGUACAUGCAUUCGUUUCACUGCUGUACCGCACUUUCUCUCUGGUCUUUCUACCUGCAAAAGAAAGACUUAUAU